AGUUAUAAAUUAGCAAUAGCUGUUCAAACUUCUAGCAUAAUACCAAACUAAACAAUCAUGCUGGAGAAGGACGAGGCUAUCUUUCGUAUGUAUCGCCAUUGAGACGUUUUCCCCUGUCAAUUAAUAUGGUUUACUAACUGUUGUUCUUUUUAGGUUCGGCGGAAAUGAGUUUAAUUCAACUCUUUGCCCCAAAUGAAGUUGCCAGAUCCAUCAUUUAUAGAAUUGGCCAAUUAAACUUAAUCCAAUUCAGAGAUUUAAACUCUAAAGUCAAUGAGUUUCAACGUUCCUUUGUUAAAGAAUUGCGUCGUCUUGAUAAUGUCGAACGUCAAUUCAACUUUUUUAAAAAGGAAUUAGAUGAAAGAGGUAUCCCAAUUAAGACUUAUCCUUAUGAAUUACAACCUAUUGUUGCUGAAUCAGAAAUUGAUGAACAUGUUGAAAAUGCUCAAAUCUUAGAAGACAGAUUAGUUCAAUUGAUUGAUGCUACUGAAUCGUUGUAUGAAAAACAAAAAGAUUUAAAACAAUUAAAAUUCACCAUUCAAGCUGUUGAUCACUUUUUUGCUUCUAAUGCUGGUCCUGCUGGUGAUAGUAAUGAUGAAACAGCUCUCCUUUCUCAAUUAGAAUCACAAGCUGUGUCUGAUAGUCAUUCAUCUAAUUUCAUUAGUGGUGUUAUCAAUCGUGAAAAAGUUGGUACUUUACAACAAAUCUUAUGGAGAGUUUUAAGAGGUAAUUUAUAUUAUCAUAGUGAAGAAUUAGCUGAAGAAGUUUAUGAUUCAAAAUCUAAAACUUAUGUUCGUAAGAAUUCUUUCAUCAUCUUUUCUCAUGGUACUAUUAUUUAUGAACGUAUAAAGAAAAUUUGUGAAUCCUUAGAUGCUGAUCUUUAUAAUGUUGAUUCAACGGCUGAAUUCAGAGCCAAUCAAUUAAAUGAAACCAAUAUUAAAUUAGUUGAUUUAGCUACCGUCUUGAAUGAGUCUGAAAAUGCUUUAACCUCCGAAUUAGUUGCUAUUUCAAGAGAUUUAGUUAAAUUUUGGGAAGUUAUUGCCAGAGAAAAAGCAGUUUACCAAACUAUGAAUCUUUGUGAUUAUGAUGAUUCUAGAAAAUCUUUAAUUGCUGAAGGUUGGAUUCCAACAGAUGAAAUUACUAAUUUAACUACUACUAUCAAAGAAUCGGAUAAUUCUCAAACCAUUCCAACUAUUGUCAAUGUUUUGGACACCACCAGAACUCCUCCAACUUUCCAUCGUAAUAACAAAUUCACCUCAGCUUUCCAAAAUAUUUGUGAUGCCUAUGGUAUUGCUACUUACAGAGAAGUUAAUCCAGGUUUACCAACCAUUAUUACUUUCCCAUUUAUGUUCGCCAUUAUGUUUGGUGAUUUAGGUCAUGGUUUUAUUUUAACUUUAGUAGCUGCAAUGUUAGUAUUAAAUGAAAAGAAAAUUGGUGCUUCUAAAUUAGAUGAAAUUUCGGAAAUGGCUUUCACAGGUCGUUAUAUCUUAUUGCUCAUGGGUAUUUUCUCCAUGUAUACCGGUUUAUUGUAUAAUGAUCUUUUCUCCAAAUCCAUGACUUUAUUCACAUCAGGAUGGGUUUGGCCAAGUGAAUUUGAACUUCAUGAAACUGUUUAUGCUAAAAAAGUGGGAACUUAUAUUUUUGGUUUAGAUUCAGCAUGGCACGGUACUGAAAAUGCCUUAUUGUUUUCCAAUUCUUAUAAGAUGAAGUUAUCAGUGUUAAUGGGUUAUACUCAUAUGUCAUAUUCAUUUAUCUUUUCAUUGGUCAAUUACGUCUAUUUCAAGAGUCCAAUCGAUAUUAUUGGUAACUUUAUUCCUGGUUUAUUCUUUAUGCAAGGUAUUUUCGGAUAUUUGGCCUUAUGUAUUGUUUAUAAAUGGACAGUUGAUUGGUACGCUAUACAACAACAACCACCUGGUUUAUUAAAUAUGUUGAUUUCUAUGUUCUUAUCUCCUGGUGUUGUUGCUGAACCAUUAUAUUCAGGUCAAGCAAAAGUUCAAACUGUGCUUUUAGUCAUUGCAUUAAUUUGUGUUCCAUGUUUAUUAUUAGUUAAACCAUUAUACCUUAAGGGUCAAAUUGAAAAGGAAGAAAGAGAACAUCAAUAUCAACAAUUAGCCACUGAAGAUGAAUUAACUUCUGAUGAUGCUGAUGAACAAGAUACCGCUCAUGAUGAUGAUGAAGAACAUGAAGCUCAUAAUUUUGGUGAUAUUAUGAUUCAUCAAGUUAUCCAUACUAUUGAAUUCUGUUUGAAUUGUGUGUCCCACACAGCCUCCUACUUGAGAUUGUGGGCUUUAUCAUUAGCUCAUGCUCAAUUAUCCUCCGUUUUAUGGUCUAUGACUAUUGGUAUCAGUUUCGGUACUCCAGGAAUUGUCGGAGUGAUAAUGAUUGUUUGUUUAUUCGCUAUGUGGCUUUCGUUAACCGUUGUUAUCUUAGUUGUCAUGGAAGGUACUUCAGCCAUGUUACAUUCAUUGAGAUUGCAUUGGGUUGAAUCCAUGUCUAAAUAUUUUGAAGGUGAAGGUGCCUUAUAUGAACCAUUUGGUUUUGAAGGUUUAUUAGCUAAUGUUGUUUAAGCCUUACCAUUCCUUCGUCUUUUUUUCUUUUAUUCAUCCACAUACUUGCAUUAUGGACAGACAUUACAAUCCCAACUUUUAGAUACGUUUAAAGUGUUUCACAGACUUCUUUUUAUACUUUAAAAUUAUAACUUUAUAUAUAUUUAAUUCCAUUUUAAUAUUUUUGCUAUAC